AAUUAGGGGCGGCUGGCUUGGCUGCUACUUUACGAGUGGAGGCUGGCUUGACCGCGGUAUCUUGAACGACCUUCCAUUGAGGAGUUAUUUAAUUCUCUUUGCGUAAAGUGUACGCCAUGGAUUCAGACGCAGUGUUUCUGGUAGAGACAGUUAAUUUCGCCGCUGAAAAGCAUCGAAACCAGCGUCGUAAAGACGCAGAAAAAACGCCCUAUAUUAACCACCCGAUCGGAGUUGCAAGGAUUCUCAGCCAUGAAGCUGGCAUCACUGACAUCGUAGUAUUACAAGCUGCUCUGCUUCAUGACACUUUAGAGGACACUGACACGAAGCCCGACGAACUGGAAACAAAGUUUGGACAGAUUGUUGCUGGUAUUGUUCAGGAGGUGACCGACAUUAAGAGUCUCCCCAAAGCGGAGAGAAAGCGUCUACAGGUGGAACAUGCGCCUCAUUGUAGCCACCAGGCCAAACUGGUCAAACUGGCAGACAAACUGUACAACCUCAGGGAUUUGAACCGCUGCACACCUGUUGGUUGGACGGCAGAGCGGGUCCAGCAGUAUUUUGUGUGGGCCUCUGAUGUGGUAAAAGGCCUAAAAGGUACUAACUCAGCUCUGGAGGAGAAGUUGGAGGAGUUGUUCAGACAGAGAGGAAUACUGCUCUAACAUGGCGGGCACAUAAAGACAAACAACCAUUCAACUCGCAAGGUCACAUUCACACCUAUGGACAAUUUAAGAGUCUUCAAUUAACCUAAGAAGCAUGUUUUUGGAAUGUGGGAGGAAACAAGUACCCAAAGAAAACCCACGCAAGCACGGGGAGAACAUGCAAACGGAAAACACACAGGAAGGUGGAUGUGUUAACCACUCAGGCGCCGUGCCACCAAUUGUAUUAUCAACUCAAAUAAAUGAUACUAAAUAAAGAGGGAAGAGGUGGAAAGAGACAUUUCAUAAUGAACAAAUAUCUAAGACAAUCUGUAAGGAGAGGUUGAAGGACGGGCCAGUAUGCUUCUGAAGCACUGCUGAAGUACCAUUGAUCAAGGACACUUCACAGCCCCCUUACUGAUAUAGCUAGCUCGAAUAGAAUGGAACAUUACCUUGGACAUCAAUAAUGGAUUGUAAUUAAUAUUGUGGAUGUAAAAAAAAAGCAUAGUUUAUGUACUGCUGACAAGCCUUUAAAUUGGUGAAAAUGUACAUUUUGAUGAUGAUAUAGCUCCUUUAUACAAUACUUUUCUGAUAUGAUUGACAUAGUCAGAGACAUUGACAACGACACUGCAUUUUGACAAGGUGUGUUUGUAAUAUUUUGCUCAGCUUUACCUACUAGGAGGGACACAUUUCAGGGUUGAGUUUUAUUUGACAUUACAGCCAGAAACCAAAAAAUUUGCGCUAUCUUUGCCUGGCCAAAAUGGACUAACUGAAAAUAGUGAUGUCCAUAUAUAAAAUGGGUAACAACCACACAGACACUGGUAGGAAAAAGUCCACAAAAGCAAAAGAGGUAGAGUCGUGUUGCGAAUACACCUUAUGGAACAUGUCAACGGCAACCCCCACGAGACACAGGAAAUCUGGUUUAUGUCACCUGGGCCAUAAACUGAUCAUCAGUCCUCCUCCAGCCAUUCCUACUGGUUUCUCGAACAAUUACCCUUUUUUUGCGGACUGAUUUAAUGACCAAGAAUUUGGGAAACCCUCUUUUCAAAGGUGACAGUUUGAGACAACAAUGGAUUUAUUAGUCAGACAGGCCACAAGUUGAACCGGUCGGUACCUCCCAGACCUUCGCAGGGACUCGAAUGAAGUACAAUGGACCAUCCGGGAUCAUUGGUGGAGCACGGGCGACACCCACUGGUGUUUAAGAGUAAUUGCAAACUCAUUAUCAGCACCCACAGUUUUACAGUGAUGAAUGUUUGAUAUUUUACGAACUUUGCACUAAUGCUCCCAGUGUAUAUCAUACCAAUGUCACAAAUGACUGUUUCUUGCAGGUCAGCUGGUUAAAUCUGUUGUCAACCAAAUAUGAUUGUGUUUACCUCAGACAACACGGAAAUGUUACAUAAUGGACAUCAAGUGUUCUAAGCCACCAAAUAAGGUUAAAACACUCAUUGCAUAGAUUAACCAUGGUGUGUGAGACAAUGCAAAAGCUGGGAAUUAACUUUUUAUUUUAGCUGCACUGGUUUUAGACCACAGAUGUUUCUAGAAGUGAAAUUCAAUAUCAGAGGCGUGGUCUGUCCUUCCCGCUCUUGCCUUUUGGGGCAACCCCAUUUUUCUUGGUAUAAAAGACCGGAGCCUUUUACUCUCUUGCUUCUUGUUCUCCUGCGCCGCCAAAGACACUGGCUCCCAGCCAAGAAGCCCCACUCCACUAGGUGGGGGAGGUGAGCCGAGACGGGCUAGGCCCGAACGAACCCUCCUUGCCGCGUCGACGAUCGCUGACCGCAGAUUUAUUCUGCCAGCCCCCCAAACUACACGUUUGUGGAGUCCGGCAGGAAGGAUUUACGGGCGCAGGUUUUCUCUGAGCACGUGACGAACAACGUCACCCAAGCGCUUCGGCCACUGGCUCUUUUGCUUUUACUUUUUUUCCUUUUCCUCCUUUUUCUUCAAACCAACCUGUCGGCACCCUUGCCCAUCCAUCAAGAGGAUUGACCCGCCUGCCUAAAUUUUGUUCUAUGCAACGUGAGUGCAACUUGCUGAUUACCAAGUACAAAUUGGUGCAUAAUUGGGCUUAUACUAACGAUCACAGAAAUGCCCAGCUGUCGCAUCUCUCACCGCUCAUCCUCAUUCCACACAUACAUCCAGAGUGCAGCCUUCUUUACGAAUGUUUGUCUGUACCAUUUUGUCGUAAAGACCCUCUGCAUUGUUCCCCCUGUAGAUUUGUUUUCUCUAAAAUUCCACUUCCUCUUGUGCACUUUGUGUGUUUGAAUGAAACAGUAAAACCGCUGAAAUCUAGAACUGUUAUUUUCAUCCAUGUAGCAAGCCUUCUUCUUUUUAUUUUUAUUUUUUUGUCUUGUUCGGCUGUUAGGUCAAGCAGAAUGGAGGAUCUGUAUCCUUCUAAUUCUGGAACAGUUUUACUGUGUCACAGUGGAGUUUUUAAGCUGCUGCUGUGCUUUUGUGGUGGAUUUUUUCGCCUGUGGUUCCGAGUCGGAGGUCACCCGGGAGAACUCCGACGUCCGUCGGGCAUGGGAUGAAUGAAGACUUCGAGACACUUGGCGUUUGGGCUAAUUCGAUUUAUUGAACAAGCCUUAGUGUCAUAACAGCUGCUUACAUUGCCCGAACGACGAAAAAGACCCCGAAAACCCAUGGAUCUCAGUUUAUCAAGGUUUAAUUCUCUGGGCGUGGAAUUAGCCCCUCCUUGGGGGCACCCGGGAGAUGGCCGUUCCUCAUGACCAUAUUUGGACUCGCACUCGCCUGCUGGUGUCUCUUUACUCUCGUCAAUCUCCCCCCCUCCCUGGGGCCCUUUGCUGCGAUAAUGAAAAACAGUCCUCUUUGAAGAUCUGGCCCCGAUUGUAAACCCCAGACAGGUUUCUGUCAGGGGGGGGGGGAAGCAGGACAACCCCAAUAUACAUAUAACUGGUUAAAGGAUGUCUUUUGAUGUAGAAGUACAAAGAAAAGAUAGUUGGUGUGAAUACAGGUCUACAACCAUU